AGCACUCCAUUCUGUUUAUGAUUUCUAUUAAUGAUUGACGCUGCUGUUUAAAGGUAUUUUAAUGUCUGCCUUAUUUGUAUUACAACAUAGUUGGGGAGGACAGGGGAGAAAGGGUGGACGGCACCCUGUCUAGUAUUUGUCGCCUAUAGCUAGUUAUAGGUCUUCUUGAGGAAGCGCCAAUAGACGGACGGCUGCGCGACUUCGCAUUUUCUAAUAAACAGCAGCACGAGCGAUGGCUUCGGCGUCGCAUUUCUUACUGUAUUUUUCAUAAGGCGGUGAAGUCGACAUCGUGAAGGUUUUAUUCUGUGCUAGUUUCGUGGUUGCCGGCAUGACAUAGCAGCUACGAGCAAGAGCCGCUUCGAUUAUGGGAACAUUCAGAUUUGAGGAACCCUGAUCCAAUUGGCUCCGGCACCACCCUACCAGGUGACCUUACAGCGGGGGAGACGGGUAAGGAGACCCAGCCACAGCCUCCCCUGUCCAACAGUGCAUUGCACCGUGCCCACCUCCACCAUGUCCACCCCCAGCGGCAGCCCCGAGAGAGAGUGCUUCACAGGGGGACCCAACCAGCUGGAGUGUCCCCCUUCCUCUCCCCCUGGCAUGGACCAUUCCAUGGGCAGCCCCCUCCUCAGCCCGGACUCAUCUUGCCAAGAUGCCAUGCUCUCGGCCCCCGCUGCCUCCCCCGCCGACUCUGAGAGCCUGAGCCCUGACGAGCUAGAGCUGCUGGCCAAGCUUGAGGAGCAGAACAGACUUCUGGAGGCGGACUCCAAGUCGAUGCGCUCAAUGAGCGGCUCGCGGCGGAACAGCGGCUCGUCCCUUGUGUCAAGCUCCUCUGCCUCAUCCAACCUGUCCCACCUGGAGGAGGACACCUGGAUCCUGUGGGGACGCAUCGUCAACGAGUGGGACGAAUGGAGACGCAAGAAGGACAAGCUGCUCAAGGAGCUGAUCCGCAAGGGCAUCCCACACCACUUCCGGGCCAUCGUGUGGCAGCUGCUUGGUAACGCCACAGACAUGCCAGUGAAGAAUCAGUAUUCUGAGCUGCUCAAGAUGUCCUCGCCCUGCGAAAAGCUCAUCCGCCGGGACAUCGCCCGCACCUACCCCGAGCAUGAGUUCUUCAAGGGCCAGGACAGCCUGGGUCAGGAGGUGCUCUUCAACGUCAUGAAGGCGUAUUCUCUGGUGGACCGGGAGGUGGGCUACUGCCAGGGCAGUGCCUUCAUCGUGGGCCUGCUGCUCAUGCAGAUGCCAGAGGAGGAGGCGUUCUGCGUUUUUGUGCGUCUGAUGCAGGAGUACCGUCUGAGGGAGCUUUUCAAACCAACCAUGGCUGAACUAGGCCUCUGUAUCUACCAGUUUGAAUACCUGCUGCAGGAGCAGCUCCCGGAGCUGAACGUCCACUUCCGUUCUCAGAGUUUCCACACCUCCAUGUACGCCUCCUCCUGGUUCCUCACUCUCUUCCUCACCUUCCUCCCCAUGCCCGUCGCCACACGCAUCUUCGAUAUCUUCAUGUACGAGGGUCUGGAGAUUAUAUUUCGUGUGGGCAUGGCCAUUCUGCAGUACAACCAGACAGACCUCAUCCAGUUGGACAUGGAGGGCAUGUCUCAGCACUUCCAGAAGUUGAUCCCUCACCAGUUUGACAGCUGCCCAGACAAGCUGAUCCUGAGGGCCUACCAGGUCAAAUACAACCCCAAGAGGAUGAAGAAGUUGGAGAAAGAGUACACCACAAUCAAGAACAAAGAGAUGGAGGAGCAGAUAGAGAUCAAGAGGUUACGCACAGAGAACAGGCUUCUGAAGCAGAGGAUUGAGACAUUGGAGAAGGAAAGUGCUGCUCUAGCAGACAGGCUGAUACAGGGUCAGGUGACGCGGGCGCAGGAGGCGGAGGAGAACUACGUGAUCAAGCGGGAGCUGGCGGUGGUGAGGCAGCAGUUCAGUGUGACCUGUCAGAACCUGGAGAAAGCCCAGGACACCAUCGGAGAACUGCAGCGGGAGAAGUACACAGAGCAGUUUGUGACCGGUCUGCAGACGCAGCUGGAGCAGUCCCGGCUGCAGGAGGCAGAGCUACUGGGAGCCCUCAAAGAGAUGCAGGACAAAGUACUGGACCUAGAGAAGAGGAGCAGCUCUCUGCCUGAUGAGAACAACGUGGCCCAGCUGCAGGACGAGCUGAAGCUGGUGAAGCUCCGAGAGCUGGAGACACUGCACUCCUUCAGAGAGAUGCAGGACACGGUGACCGAGCUCAACCAGCGCUGGCAGCUCCACAUGUCAAAAGGCGGCGGGGGUGGAGGUCACUGGAAGGAAUCCCCCAAGAAGAACGCCCUGAACGAGCUGCAGGAGAAGCUGAUGGGGGUGCGUCUGAGAGAGGCCCAGGCCCAGGCUGAACUCAGGGAGGUCAAACUCCAAGCCAUACAGCUGGAGAGCAAGAACCAGAUUCACAGCAAGCUGAUUGGGCGCCAUGAGGUGGAGAGCGCCGCCAUGCAGGAGAGGCUGCAGCAGCUGGCGGGCCAGAACAAGGGGCUGCAGUCCCAGCUCACCGAGAUGAAGAGGAAACGGGCCGAGCUCGACUGCAAGAGUAAAGAGGAGGUGAUGGCGGUGCGCUUGCGGGAGGCUGACAGCAUGGCCGCCAUGGCUGAGCUCAGACAGAAGAUAGCUGAGCUGGAGAUACAGAAGGAGGAGGGUCUGAUCCAGGGCCAGCUGAACCACUCUGACUCCAGGCAGUACAUCACCCAGCUUCGAGACCAGAUCGGAGAGCUCAAGAACGAGAUCAGGCAGCUCCGCGGGCAGCGCUCCAAGUUCGCCCCUAGUUCCCGGGACGGGGGCGGUGGCUACCCGGAUCUGUGUCUAGCUAGCCCCUCGUCGGCCGGAGGCGACUACCUGAGCUCGGAUGAGGACCUUCUCCCCAGCCCCAUCCCCCCCAAUGCCAUGUACCCUGCCCUGCCCCACCCCCACCCCUCGGCCAGGCUGGACAGCGAGGGCAGCACCGACAGCGAAGCAGAGGCCAACCCGGACCACGGCCCCUCGCAGCAGCUCUACACUAGCAUUGUGUGUGCUGAGGUCCUGGACAACUGAGCUAUGGAGGUCCCUGGAACUACCUGGUCCUGACCUAGACUACUAAAGAUACUGUACUCUGCAUCUCUUUAGUAUUAGAGAUGCUGUACUCACCCCAACUUUAUUGUACUACUGUUCUCACCCUAAACUCCUACUGUAACCUGUAACGGACAUCCUCCCCUCCUCCUUCGCGUUGGUGCCAUGGUCUCUCCUCUUUUUGUCAUUCUCUUCUCUCCAUCUCCCCCUUUUACUUCUCUCUUCAGUUAUACCUCUCUUUAUCUCCCUCUCUCUCCCUAUAUCUCUCCCUGAAUCUCUUUCUCCUCUACAUUCUCACCGGCAGACCCUAUAUUCCCUAUGGGGGUAGAGUCAAUUCCAGUCCGAUUCCCCUCGCCUCUCCUGUCCUGUCCUUGCCAUUAGUUUCCACGCUGCUCUCCGGACCUGAGUGAAGAACAGAUAACUUCAGUACGCUCGCUCACUGUGCAGCAAGCAUAUCCUAUCCGCACAGAAAGCCGAGAAAAUAAAAAGGAUUGAAAAUUGGCCCCAAAAAAUUGCUUUCAACUUUCAAUACUCCAACCAUACCACACAGCAGUGACUAUGAGAUGCAUCGGACGUCACUUUGAUUAAAUGAUUCCCCUCAAGUUUGGAAGGACUUCCAUAUGGAUUUGGGAUCGGUAAAAGAUGAGAUGGAUGGAUGACUUGUUGGGCUUGACCCUGCUCGUACUGUACUGUCCCAUGAGCGAGAUGUGGAACACGCCGUCUCCCUCCAUCUCUCUCUUUCCUCCUCCUUUUCUCUCUAUCUCUCCAUCUCUCUCUUUCUGCCAUUCCAUCAUUCCAAGAAGACCCAUUAGCCACCUGCACUGCCUGUUACAAUGGAAACAACCCUCCACUGUAACCUCAAAAUGCACACAUAAAAAAAAUGAGAGCGAGAGGGAAGGAAGGAAGGAUAGAGGUAGGAAAGGAGUAUGGUAUGGACUUGUACACAUCAAUAUCAUAGGGAUGUUACUAGAUGACAUCACAUGCAUAGAUCAAUAUUAACAAUUUAUCCUACUGAAAUGGUAUGUUGUGUGUGUCUCAAUGCCUUGCAAAUGAAACAAGGCAAGUGAAUUACAAUGGCUCAUGUCAACAACAACAAAAAUCUCAACGUUGCCAAAUCUUUUUUUGUUUUUUCUGCUAUUAUUUAUGUUGUUAUUUAUUUUAAUCUUUUUUUUUUAUAUAUCUCUACAAAUAUAAAUAUAUAGAUGGAUACCAACGGCGGCCAAACUUUAUACAUGUUUUAGUUCCCUUGGUCCUUUGUGCCAACUUGAAUCCUGAAGCUGAGGUGUCAACGGGCGGCGUCCAUGACGAUGCAUGUCAGAGAGACCGAGCGAAUGCGCUGCUAUGAUUUUCCUCCCUGUCUUAUUUUAAGUUAUGUUCUAUCUGCUCAACAUGCAGUUGAACGUUACAACCAACCCCUUAGGAAUCAGGUGCGAGUGCGAAAACUACUGUGAAGAAAUUGUUGAAUGGUUAUGGCUAGACUUCAUAAUGAUGUCUCUACCUAUGACUUAAGCAUGACUUAAGCAUGACUUAAGCAUGACUUAAGCAUGACUUAAGCAUGUGAGAAUACCCACACAUAAACAACUCCUUUUAUAAUCUAUUUGAAAUGUGUUAAGGAAUUUUUAAACCCUAAAAGCAGAUAUCAACACACAAGUGCUUGUAAGAGGACAGCAAUGGCUCAGUCAAUCAUUCAUUUUGUCUAAUGGUGAGGCUAGAGUUUGACUAGUUUGGGACGGAUUGGCAUGUGUCCUUUAAAAGGCUGUGUGAGUGACGUGAAGGUGUUCAUUUUGAGUUACGGGGGAGAAGAAAUAUGAGAAUUUGUUGAAAUUGCCGAUCAGAGGCAAAAAUAUAUAUAAUUUACGAGCUACAAGUGUACUGAUCAGAUCAUCAUAAAUAUCAUUAUCAAGUUGGACCAGGGUCAUCACUCUCUCUGUUGUUCUGUUGUUCUCGUCUCAGUCAUGGUACUGUAUGAUGAAUUAUCAAUACCUCUCCUUCCAGAACAGCCGACUGUGACAUCACUUCCUCUUUCUACUGCCUGUUACCAAUAGGAUUUAGGAAUGGAUGGAAACAUUCAGUUGAACGUGUUGACUGAAAAUAUCUGACUAUCUGAUGCAUGCUGUUACUACAGCUUCAGAUGGCUAUAAUGCACAGGUGUUAACAGACUGGGAGCAGUAUUUUUGCCUAGUAUAUACCUCACUGGCUAACUAUGUGGCAUAUCAUCCCAAUAGUCUUGAAUAUAUGACAAAUGCUUGUGAGAAUUAGCUUUAGCUCAGUCAUUAGGAGCGGGGAGACGAAUGCAUCGGCUUGGUGCCAUGUUUCCAAAGCAUUCAAAUGUUCUGUGUUUAUAUCAAUGGGACAGAGUUGAUCAUGGGAAUCAAUGAUGGCCGUCGAGAAAGAAGCUCCAUGUGGUUUCCAUAGAAACUCUAUAUAGAUGGAAGGAAAUGGAAGGAGCGUUGUCUUACUUCUGUGGCAGACACUUCACAUUUCUACAUUCUUACAACAGUGGAAGCGAAACGUAUGGAAUAUUAUUGAAUGAUACAAUAUGACAACCUGAACGAAAGUAUUAAUAUAAAUAUAUCACAAUAAUAAUUGAGUUGAUUUGCUGAGGCAGACUGCAGGGGAUGUGUGGUAUUAUAUUCAAUAGGGUGUUAUAUAGAUCCUAAGAUUCUAGAUACAGAUCCUAAGAUUCUAGAUACAGAUCCGAAGAUUCUAGAUUCAGAUCCUAGGAUUCUAGAUAUAAAUUCUAAGAUUCUAGAUAUAGAUCCUAAGAUUCUAGAUAUAGAUCCUAAGAUUCUAGAUAUAGAUCCUAAGAUUCUAGAUAUAGAUCUUAAGAUUCUAGAUAUUAGAUCCUAAAUAUAAAUUCUAGAUCUCCUCUUGACUUAAAGCAGUGAGUGCUGUCCUGGGAACAUGGGAGUGGAUGCUUGGAGUGGUUAGUGUAGCAAGCUAAGACUCUAUGCCACCAAGCCUAUGCAAUCCCAACUUUGUAUCAUGCUUUCUGUUUUCUUAUGUUCAACUUAUGCCAUGCACUCAGAUUUGGCUGUGUGCCUGGCUUUUGUCGCACAGUGAUGCUGAAUGACGGGGGAACCUGUCACCAACUGCCAAGGAAAUAAGGGAGCUCCUCUAAUGGGGUUCCACUGCCAUGUAGCCCAUCUUUCGCUCACUCAAGUAUUACAAAUAACCACCUUUUUAGAGGUUAAACCAGUGCAGCAGCUGAAAUCACUGUUGUCUGGUGUAACAUCCUGGACCAGUCAGUUACGGCGUUACUUUAGCAAUGAGAGGGAGUUCGGAUGCCAUGUGUUGUCGACCUGCGGUAGAGUAUAGUCUUGGUCAGUGGUGGAAAAGGUACUUGAGUCAAACCUGAGUAAAAGUAAAGAUACCUUUUUUGUAAUAGACAAUUACUCAAAAGUGAGUCACCCAGUAAAAUACUACUUGAGUAAAAGUAUUUGGUUUUAAAUAUACUUAAGUAUCAAAAGUAAAGUAUAAAUAAUUUCAAAUUCCCUACAUUCAACAAACCAGACGGCAUCAUUUUUUUUGCUUUUUGUUUAUUUACAGAUGGCCAGGGUCACACUCCAACACUCAGACAUCAUUUACAGAUGGCCAGGGUCACACUCCAACACUCAGACAUCAUUUACAGAUGGCCAGGGUCACACUCCAACACUCAGACAUCAUUUACAGAUGGCCAGGGUCACACUCCAACACUCAGACAUCAUUUACAAAUGAAGCAUUUGUGUUUAGUGAGUCUGCCAGAUCAGAGGCAAUCGGGAUGACCAGGGAUGUUCUCUUGAUAAGUGUGUGAAUUUGACCAUUUUCCUGUCCUGCUAAGCAUUCAAAAUGUAACAAGUAUUUUGGGGUGUCAGGGGAAAUGUAUGGAGUAAAAAGUACAUAAUUUUUAUUUAUUUUACUCCACUAAAUUCCUAAAGUUGUCAAAUAUAAAAAGUAAAGUACAGAUACCAAAAAAACGACUAAAGUAGUAUUUUAAAGUAUUUUUUACUUAAGUACUUUACCGCACUAUUAGACACUACCAGACAGUGUCUAAUUUACACAUAACACAAACACUAUACUGCUGUUCAGAGAUGGUGCUCGGACGUGGAGCUCCCCAGUGUCCCAACUACAACUGGUAGAACUGUGACUAAAAUACUUUUUGAUACACAUGAAGAUGCCCUCUGAUUCAGUAUUUGUCAUCCAUGUAGUUUUAUGAUUAGCGUUGGUAUGGCUAUUCUUUGAUCUGAACUAAGAUCAUGGUUAAAAUCUUAGGGUGUUGCGAAUGGUAGGGUUCCAUGUUUAAAUCUUAUAUAGUGCCAUAAUGUAGGUAGAUUUAUACAUAGUAUAUAAAUUACAUGUAUAUCAAAUGCAAUUUUCAUAGACAGUUCAGCAUUUUCACUCUGGUUUAAGGUGGUGUUCACCAAAAAUAUCUCAAAGGUGAAGGCCACUGUUGAGCUAGGACUGAAGGAACCCCAAUAUGUUUAAGAUUUUUAUAUAUAUAUAUAUAUAUAUAUAUAUAUAUAACAAUGUUAGAAUGAAACUGGAACACUAUACAUGAAAUUGUCUGUGUCUCAAAGAAGAAAGAAACAAAACAUGGAGACUCCCCCUUAUGGACGGUGGCCUCAUGCAUACCCUGGGUUGUAUUCAUUAGGGCACACAAUGUAAAAUAUUUUGAAAUGUUCUGCAACAGAAAACAAACAUUUGUGUUUAUUAUUGGACACGUCCAUUGAAGUCCCUCCCGGUUUCAGUCACUUUUCUUUCCUUUUGGUGCCUCAAACACAACCCUGGUGUAGGACUUCUCUCAUGUAUGUAACAGCAGGUCGGUAUCCACUUUACUCCCGCCAACCUUGUUCACUCUCUCUUGCAAUUCUACCAAUGUGUUGUCAAGUAUAUUAAUGACAGUAAUAAAGAUGAUAUUAAAGACAAUAUUAUGAAAACA